AUGGGAAGUCCCCUGUGUGUCUCCAUUUUCUUGGUUUUGAGCAUCUUUAUCCAAUCAAGUGUCCAUGGACAAAGCCUGAGACUAGAGCCAUUUGGAAGUUCUCAAGCUGUUGAAACAAAGAAGACAUUUCAGGACACAAAGACCAGANNNCUGCUGUUCGAAGGGGAAAAUGAUCAGGGCUGUCAGAUUCAGCUCCAUCACCCUGACACGUUACAACAGUGCGGCUUCAACUCGUCUCUGCCUCUGGUGAUGAUAAUCCACGGGUGGUCGGUGGACGGCUUGCUGGAAAACUGGAUCUGGCAGAUGGUGGCCGCAUUGAAGUCUCAGCUGGCCCAGCCAGUGAAUGUGGGGCUAGCAAACUGGAUCACCCUGGCCCAAAAUCACUACACCGUUGCUGUCCGCAAUACCCGCCUUGUGGGCCAGGAGGUUGCGGCUCUUCUCCGAUGGCUGGAGGAAUCUGUUCAAUUUUCUCGAAGCAAUGUUCAUCUAAUUGGGUACAGCCUGGGUGCACACGUCUCAGGAUUCGCUGGCAGUUACAUCGGCGGAAAGCACAAGAUUGGGAGAAUUACAGGGCUGGAUGCUGCGGGCCCUCUAUUUGAAGGAAGUCCCCCCAGUGACCGUCUUUCACCAGAUGAUGCCAAUUUUGUGGAUGCCAUUCACACCUUUACUCGGGGGCACAUGGGCCUGAGUGUGGGCAUCAAAGAGCCCAUAGCACAUUAUGACUUCUACCCCAAUGGGGGCUCCUUCCAGCCUGGCUGCCACUUCCUGGAGCUCUACAGACAUAUUACCAAGCACGGCCUAAAUGCCAUCACCCAGACCAUAAAAUGCUCCCACGAGCGGUCAGUGCACCUCUUCAUCGACUCCUUGCUGCACGCCGGCAUGCAGAGCACGGCCUACCUGUGCAGCGACAUGAACAGCUUCAGCCAGGGCCUGUGCCUGAGCUGCAAGAAGGGCCACUGCAACACGCUGGGCUACCACAUCCGCCAGGAGUGGCACGGCAAGAAGAGCAGGAGGCUCUUCCUGGUGACAAGAGCCCAGUCCCCCUUCAGAGUUUAUCAUUACCAGUUCAAGAUGCAGUUCUUCAACCAAAUUGAGAAACCAGGAGAAACAACUUUUACCAUGUCACUCCUCGGAACAAAAGAGGAAAUGCAGAAAAUUCCCAUCACUCUGAGUGAAGGAAUUAUUAGUAAUAAAACCUAUUCCUUUCUUAUCACCUUGGAUAUGGAUAUUGGUGAGCUGGUCAUGAUCACGUUAAAGCAGGAAAACAGAGCGGUGUGGACCAAUGUCUGGAACACGGUUCAAACCAUCAUCCCAUGGGGGAGAGAGCCCCUCAGUUCAGGCCUUGUUCUAAAGAACAUCAGAGUCAAAGCAGGAGAAAUACAGCAAAGAAUAACAUUUUGCUCAGAAAACAUGGAUGACCAACAACUGCACCCAACCCAGGAGAAAAUCUUUGUGAGAUGUGACAGAAACUCUAAAAAAUUGAAGCAAAAAACCGAAUGA